CUCAACAUUCAAUGAGGAUCAAAAUAAAUUUAUCUAGGAGAAAAAAAUAUGAUCUUCAAAGAAGUUUGAAUUUUACAGAUAGAUAAGUGCGAGUGUUAUCAAAAGAUAUUUUCAACAUAAAGAAACAUUCAAGAUAUUUAUUACUCGAUUUCUUCCAAUCUUAAUCUGAACUAGAUGCGUUCUAUUGACUUCCUGAAAAUCAGUUUAAAGCCAGGUAUAGGAGGUAUCGAAGACACAUGAAUUAUCUUUUCGGUUUCUGCUCUGUUUGGAUAACAAUAAUACUUUUCUUUUCAAAACUUUUUUCGUAGAUUCAUGGAUCAAGUAGUAACAGGCACCUAGAGUAUAUUAUCAAUCAAUAAUCACAAGUGAAAUAUUGGAAUGAAAAAUCAUGAUAAAAUAAUGAAAAAGAAUUCGAAAUAUUGAAACACAAUUCUUUCUAUUUUAUCUGUUAUAACUAUCGAUUGACCGAAAGAGAAAAGGAAAUAGAUGAACUACGGUAAAGCAAGAAUUUGCAUUUUGAUUUGUUCUUAUCGUCUAUAUGAAGUGAGCAACAUUUCUUCAACUGCCGUAUUUGCCUCACUUCAUACGACCGAAUGUCGUUAAGAAUUGUAAACUAUUAAUCACAAUAAUAUAGAGGACAUAAUUUCAGAAGUUAUUAGUUCAUUGUAUUCGUGAAUCAUCAGUCAUAUCAUUUUAAGAUAAUGUUUAUUGUAUUUUCUUCAUUUUCACAUACAUCAUUCUCGAGAAAAAUUUAUUCUAACAAACAAGCAACGUUCGUCGCUACGACUCGCUUCACCCUCGACUGAAUUCAUUCUAUUCACUUUGACAAAUAUUAUCAGAUAAAUCGCCAGUUUUGUGUGAUGCUAUAGCCAACACCAUACGAACAAGUCUUUCAACUUUUGCAAUUUGGAAAAACCAACACUGGUAAUGUCGAGUUUGGAAUAUGUAGUAUUUGCGCGAUAUUCUCAUCAUAGAUCACAUUUCUUUGGCUUUUAUGAGAAAUUGGUAUGAUUUUGAAUUAGUCGUCUUCACUACAAAAAUUGCCUCAGCUCUUUCGAAAAAUACUCUAUAUUUCAUUCAAAGCUUUACGCAAGAAAAGACGUGUCUACCUCGUAAAUGAAUGACGAGUUGCUCAUCAGCGUCUCUCGAGGGCGCCAGUUGUAACUCACCGAUCCCAGAUUCGAUCUACUUGGUCGAGUAAAGUCAGAAGGUAGAAAUGACACUUCAAAAACCUAUUUUCUGACGUUUUUACUAUGGAUAUGAGCUAUGAAUCGUGGUUCAUCUUUAGUGAAAUAAUUAGUCUAUUUCGCUGAAAUACGAAGAGAUAUUCAAAUCUUUUCUUGCCCGAUGACUUACGAGAUACCUUGUAUAUAAAAAAAAAUAACAUUAAUCAUUUUCUUAUGCAUGAUUCAAUCACAAGGUGACUCAAAUAAGAUAACGUUCGAAGUAGAUUUUUCUUCUGUGCUUAUUUAUUUUCCCUAGAGAAAAAAAAGUUGAUUUUAUAAUCUGAAUUUUUCUAUAUUUCAAUUUCAUCAAAAAAAACUUCUCUAGUGUUAUAAAGUCGAAUUAAAAAGAAAAACAAGCGGCUUAAAAAUGAAAAGCAGUGACUCUUACUAAAUGUUGUAAAUAAAGAAAAAAAAUGGCAAUGAUUAAAGUACGUAAAGACUAAAGAUGCAGAAGAGAUAGAUGAUCAUUGAAAGACAUGUUUGCUCAUUUUAUUCAAAACUUUUGAUUUGUCAAUCUCAUUCGCUCAUCAUCGAUUUAUACUCAUUCUAUAUACUUUCCAGUAUCGAAUACAGGAUGAAUCAUUUGCAUCUCGACACAUGUUUCAUAUCUGAAAGAAGAACGUUUGCAAGUAAUAUCGACUAAAGAAUGAAACAAGAAAAAAAGCAGUGUGUUAUAUUAUUACAUCAUGAACGAGCAAUAAGAAAUCAGUUAUCUCAUACGAUAUUUUUGAUUAUUUUUGAGUACAUGAUAUCUACUAUUCAUUUUCCAGCCUAAGUGAUUACUUGGAUUCUGUAUUAGCUGGCUAUUCUCACUAUUUACUAAACUUUCGUUCUGUUCUUAAAUCGAAAUUUAAUCUUCUUUGCCAACAUAUACGACCACAUCAAGUCAUUUCUAUUAUAUUGUCCCAUGACAAUGAUACAUCAAAUCAAUCAAACCUGUUCUUUUCCCAUUUUAAACUCGAACAAUUCAUUCAUCUUCAAUCAUUUGAUAUGACUACGAUUAGUGAUAAUAAACACAGACAUACACUACUAUAUAUAACUUAAUUUCUUGAGUGAAUUGACUAGCAGUACCCCAUGCUCAUAAUCUCGCUUUGGUUUCAUUGCCUCAUCUACGUCAUUUAACUCUUCAAAGUUACUUUUACUGGGACUUAUCAUUUAUAUUGAAUCAAAUUUCUAAUCUUUAUUCACUUGAUAUCAAACUUUCAUAUGAUAACUAUCUAAAGUGAACGGAUACCAUAUCAUUAUUGUCCCAUCCUAAACAUUCAUGGUGCGUAUAGUUAUUUGAAAAUUGUAUAUAUAUAUAUAUAUUCUUUGUUUUUUAAGAUUAAGGUAAAAAAAAGACCAUGAUCCAUGUAGAACAAUUUUUGUCUAAAAUACCUAAUCUAUAUUAUUUCGAACUUAUUGCACAAGGUUAUCUGGAUCUUAUUGAUGGCCAAAAAUGGGAAUUGUUUCACAUUUGUCUAUAUUCAAUCUUCGAUUACAUCUUCUGUGUUCAUUACCAGAUUUUUCCGAAGAAAAUAUUCUUGAUUCAUUUUGCUCAAGCCAAGUCAAAAUUCGAAAAUUAGUUUUUAUCAUAUUUCUGUAGGGCAUCAUGACUAGAAUUCAUCGAGUUCAAAGUUUUCGAACCUGGGACCAAUCGGACGGGCUCGAACUACGACAUUCAUUUAAGAACUACCGUAAAACUCUAGUAUCUCGACAGCAAUAAGCUACGGACUUGAACUGUCUUCAGAAUAUUCUUAACUCAUUUGAUUCUACAGAAUACAAAUAGUCUAGUUCAAUUCUUGAAUUUGUCUUUAAUAUUGUAGACUGAAACAACUUUGGAUACUAUAAAUGGUAAUGAUCGUAUUGAAUCAACAUUAUCACAAGGAACAAAUAUUACUAGAAAAAAAUCAAAACCUGAUGAUGAAUCAUCAAAAAAAGGAAAGAAAUCAUCGAAAAAAUCUAAUAUAACAGUAAUCGAUGAUAAUGAUGAUGAUAUUUAUCGAAUUGCUAAAGUAACACAUGGUGGUGAAUUACCAGAAGGUGCUACAGAAAGUGGAAAUGAAGACAAUGAUCAUGAUGUAAUUGUUGGAAAAAAUAAAAAAUAUGAUCCACAUCGAGCACUUAAUAUUGACUUAAAUGAAAAACCUAUUCAAUCGAUUCCUACACCAUCACCAUUGACAUCUCAAUUAAAAGAACCAGUUCCUAAACAAGUUGAAACACCUCCUAUAUUAAUUGGAAAGCCAAAAAAAUCUAAGAAAAAGAAAAUAAUUGAAAAACAAGAACAAUCAUCAACAUUGAAAUCUAAACACAAACGAGAACGUAGUGAUUAUAAAGAAUUAUUAUCACCAGCUGAUGAGGAAGAAAAUUGUCCAACUUCAACACCUCCUCUUCCUGCUAUUGCAAAGAAACCAAAGAAAAAAAAAUCAUCAUCAGAAACAAUAACAACAGAAUAUUCAAUUAAUCCAGAUUCAUCAAUAGCUCAACUUGAUGUAACAUUUCUUAAAUCAAAUACAAUUGAAACAGAUAGAAUUGAAUUUAAACUUAAUUUGCCUUGUUCACAAUAUUUACGACGAAAGACUAUUGAUUCUAUUGCAUUUGCUGAUUUGAUGAGUUCGAGUGUAUUGAUAUGUCAAUCACAACUUCGUAUUUCAUUAUCUAAUCAAGACUUUCUAUUGAUGAUUAAUACAAUUUGUCAAUCUUAUCGAUUAACUGUUGUCGAAAAAAUUAAUUCGGCUGCAUCUUUAUAUGCUGAAACAAUUCUUGAACAACCAAUAGCUCUUUUAUUUAAAUCAAUAGUAUGUAUAUUUUGA